CAGCUGAUGACCGCUCGCUGGCUCGUUUGUGAUCCCGCAAGUUUUGUUUCGAUGGAAUCUCGGACCGAAAUGAACCGAUAAAAACCGAAAAAAUCCAAAAGGUUUUAUUAUGAUUUGAUGUGUCCAAGUGGAAAACUCGGUUACAAUGUUCAAGUUCCUGUCGAAGGUGGCCGGAAUAUGCGGUUACGUUGUACAAUACGGAUGCAUCACCCACUGUACGUUCGAGUAUUUGGGUGAUUUCGUUGUGUGUGUGGGUCCGUCGAUGGAACCGACUUUGUAUACCAACAACAUUCUGAUCACAGACCGAAUCAGCCCGCGGAUGAACCACUUGCAGCGGGGCGACAUCAUAAUCACCAAAAGCCCAACGAAUCCGGUGCAGCAUGUCUGCAAGCGGAUCGUGGGUAUGCCGGGCGAUCGAAUUAUGACCAAAGCAUCGUUCAACUUGAACCCACUGUCCAACACUUACACCAUUUAUACCUCAGUCGUUUCGACUUCAACGACUACGCCAGAAGAGCCCGCCAAAGCGGCAGGGGUGGAACAGAAGCUUCGGUCGAAGGCGGACUUCGUUUCCGGUUCGGUGGAUGCCGGUGGGAUGGUGAUCACCCAGGUGGGGCCAGCUCGAGAAGUGUUGCGGGUGGUGGAUGUGGACCAGCAGCAUCCACCACAUCCGGAAAUCAGGACCAGUAUUGUGACGGUGCCGAGGGGCCACCUGUGGAUCGAGGGCGACAAUGUGCAAAACAGUUCCGAUUCCCGCAACUACGGACCGGUUCCGAUAGGGUUGGUGAAAAGUAGGGCCAUCUGUAGGGUGUGGCCGUUUACAGAGUUCAAGGUGUUUGUGUAGGUUCUUUUAGAUGUUAUUAGGUCAAAAUAAAUUAUUACAGCAAA